CAGUUCAUCGAUGCGGAGAUGGUGAUCAGACAUCCCAAAUACGACCCCCACACCCAGGACAACGACAUCAUGUUGGUCAAAGUGUCCCGGCCCGUGUACCUGAACCGCAAUGUGCCCAGUCAGUGCGCCCAGACCGGCGACAUCGGCAAACAGCUGAAGUGCUUGGACACCCUGGAUCUGAGUGACGCGGACUGUCCUGAUUCCCACACGGGAAAGAUCACUGACAACAUGAUGUGUCUCGGCUACGUGGAGGGAGGCCGCCCCCGCUGCGAGGGUGAUUCUGUCGGGCCAGUGGUGUGUAACGGAGCGCUCCAGGGAGUGGGAUCGUGGAGAUACGUGUGUUUGGUGAGUGGCUAUCCCGGCGUUUACACACGCGUGUGCAACUACGUCUCCUGGAUCCACGACACCAUGGCGGCCAACUGAGCCCUUGACACCCGGCGGCCGCGCCAGGUCUCCGCCUCUCACUCUCUGUACAACUGGGAAACUAUCAAUAAAAUGGUUGCAAUGAAGAAUGGUUUCUGUUUGUGUCCGGUCCGGUUCCUCUCACCCCGGGCUCCAACCUGCCGGAGAUCACUGCGCGCUUAGUUUUACAUUUAGUUAAU